AUGCGCCCAUCCAGGCCGCCGUAUAUCGAGACUUUGAAGGCCCUCUUCCCCGAGGGCGAGGAAGAGCAGCACGAGGCGGACGCGCCUCCUUCGCAGGCGGCCAGCACUGGCGCCGAUGACGAGCCAGCGGUCGUGCCGGCCUUCAAGAUUGGUGACAAGGUGGACGCCCUGUACAGCGCGGACAACCUCUGGUAUCCGGGCGAAAUCACUGCCAUCUCCGGCGGCGGUCGCAUGUACACGGUCCUUUAUGAGGGGUACAACAAUUCCGAAAUCCAGACACUGGACACCAUUCGCGCAUCAACACGCGCCGAGUCUCCUUCGACCGUGGAUGCCACGCAAACCAAGCCGGCCACCAGCGACGCGCCGCCCCCCAGCCGGGCCAAGAACAUCCCCCCGACAAAGGUCCUGAAGGCCCGCCAAAGCGAAUGGCAGGCAUACCAGAGCCAGCGGCGCGUGCGCGGCCCUGGCACUGGCAUGCUUGGCAAGAGCAUCUUCUCCUCCCCUGCCACGGCUGCCGGCCGCGUUGGUGUGAUUGGCAGCGGUCGGCAGGCUACCGGCCUGUACCAGGCCCGUCGACACACUUUCAACAACCUUCCGCCCUCCGGAACCGGGCCCUCGAGCUCCCUGGACCCUGCCGCUCGGCGCUGA